UAAAUUACAGUGUUAUGUUUACGUUAUUGAGCUUAAAUUAAAUUAAAACUUGAUUCAGCAUAUUUGUUACAUGCAAGAUUAUUUAUUUGUUACUACAAUUUUAUUUUCGUAACACAAAACUGAGUAUUGCGCUUAAUAAGUAAACAUGGAAAGACUCUCAAUAUUGAGCGAUGGACGUCGGCGCAAGAAGAAAAGUGUAAGAAGGGAGCAGAUGAGUGGCAAGCACAGAUUCCGAGCGUUGGUGAGGAUGGUGCUCAAUCAUCGGCCUUGGCUCGUGGAGCUGGACCGAGUUGGACUGGGGGUGGACGCCACUAUCAUGAAGAAUGUGUUAAUGAUAGACGUCAUCACACGGGAGAAGUACCAGAGCCUCACUCUCGCGAACAAGUCGUUGUUGAGGAAAGACGCAUCGCUACGCACAGAAGAAGACAUCGAGAGUCUCUAUAAAGUCAUCGGCAAUCUCAAGUGCUUUAGACGCUAUCCUGAGAACGUACGGAAAGAGUUGGUGGCCUCGACGUACUUCGAGUAUUUCGGCCCGGACCGGGUGAUCGUGAAGCAGGAGCACGAGUCCACGUUCCUAGGGUUCGUGCUGCGCGGCGAGCUGGAGGUCACCUACACCAAGAUGGACCCAGUGUUCGGGAAACUGGUGACGGAAGUAACUUCACACUUGUUCCCCGGGGACGUGUUCGGUGAGGUGUCUCUGCUCCACAACGUACCCCGUACCGACACCGUUACCUCCCUAACCGCCGUCGAGUUGCUGAUCCUGAAGAAGGAUGACUUCGACCGCGUGCUGAAGGCGUCUAUGAAGAAGCAGUGGGACGAGAUUAGUAGCGCCUUGAAGCAGUUUCCGUACUUCGACAACUGGACCGACGUGGCCACCAGGGAGUGCUGUAUGCUGUCCGACACGAUGGCCUACUCUCCGCAGGACAUUAUACUCGGCAAGGGAGUGGGAAAGCUGACCUCUGCCCACUUCGUGUUGAAGGGUACGUGCAGCAUGGUGCAGCGGUUGAGGAUACGAGAUACGCCGGACGGCCCCAGGCUGCAGCACAAGGACGUCCCGGACAUAUACCUGGGAGACCCGGACCAGCCUCGGCGAAUGCGAAGAAAGCCCAGUAGAAGGGACUCGGACAUUGGCAUUCGACCACUCUUCAUGCAGGUCUGCCUCUUCACAAAAGGCGGCUGCUUCAACCUCGGAGAGUCGCUGGCAGAGCGCACAAUCCUGGCCGACACCGAUGUCACUGUGCUGCGCAUCCCGCUGUAUCUGCUGAGGCAGCACAACAUUGCCAACAUUUGGCACCGCAUCCGCCAGUUCCUGGAGUCACGCUUGUCCAGUGAACAGGAGCUAUUCCAGAGGUACCUGGAGUCCCGCAGGUGGGAGAAGUACAAGAAAGAUGUGUUCUCCUCCUACAGGAACCCCAACACCCUGAAUGACACCACUAUCCACGACACCCCCUACUACUGGAGAGUCUUGGACCUGGAGAUGUGUGGGGACGAACCGUGCAACGUUGACCACAUCUGACUUCUAACAAAUUUUCCGUGUAGAUACCAAAUUAAAGUUAGUUUUUGACCAA